AUGGUCGCCGCCCCGCUCCCCGUCGUCUCCAGCCACUCCAGUCCCGACGAGGAGGACGAGUGCCCCGUCUGCCUCGAACCCCUCAGCUCGUCUUUCAGGCUACCCGGAGAGAAGCCCCACAUCGUCCCAGAAUGUGGACACGCUCUGCACGAGGCGUGCUUUACCGCGGUCUAUGGCCCUCCACCCGGACCCCAGCGCGGCGGGGGUGUGAUCCGCAAGUCCAACCUUGGAGUGUGCGGUGUAUGCAGAAGGCCAAUGAAGGUCGGUGAUGGGGACGGAGGGAAAUCCAACAAGCUGGCCGCCCUCACGGGCAUGGGCAGCUCCAACCAGCCUUCUGUCUAUCCCGGUCGCGACACCCCCCAAUCGGCCCGGUCCUACAACCGCGGCGCCACCCCACAGAAGCCCUUCGAUCCAACGGAAGAUGAUCAGAUCGACCACAAGGCAUCGAUGGCUCAGCACGACCAGUCUCACUACGUCGUCGCGCCCUCUAUUCAUGUGCAGUCCGAGUUCCCCACGAUCACACGAACACCGGAGGCGAACCAACCGUUGACGUGCCUCGUCGUGGUCGAGCUCCCAGGAAAGCGUGCGAACACUCACGUCCCGGGCUCAGUAAUGCACCAGCAAGACACGUUCGCGCCGCCCCAGAAGAACGGCGGUGCAUACCGCGACGGCAGCAAUCACUCAGUGCAUUCGGGGCCACAACCGGGCGACUUCCCGACGUCACCGCACGCCAACUCUAUCCCUAUGGAUCAACAGUCGCAGUCCGGUCGGUCACAUCAGAUGUCACCCUCGACCUCGCGCGACCCGCUCUUAUCGUCCAUGGAGCGCGAGAUCAUCCUUCAAGACGAGGACUCGCCGUUCAGCGCGAUCACGGAGGACCUGCGGAACCGGAUUAUCGACUGGAAGGGACAUCCGCUGUCCGGGCUCGGGCCGCUGCAGAUGUACGAUCUGCUCUCUGUCCGGCGAGACGCGCUCGUUCGCGAGUUUUUCGUCUACCUCUUCAAGGAGGCGAUCAUCUGUGUCGUCGAGGAGAAGAAGCGCUCGCUGGGUCGCCUCCUGUCGUCGGCGAGCGCGGCGUCCGCGUUCGGCGACGGCACCGGCUCUGGGUCCAUCAACGGCGGCAGCUCUCAACGUGGUGUCCUCCGGUUGAAAGGGCGCAUCUACAUCCGUCACAUCCGACAGGUCACGGACACCUCAGUGACAGGCGAACUCAGCCUCACGAUCGACAUGGAAGACGAGCGACUGGACUCGUUCAUCCUUAUCUUCAAAGAUCGGUCGUCGCUGGAGACAUGGAAGGCGCACAUCCAGGCUCUGGUGGCGAUCUACCAGCAACAACACGCGCCGGUGCAGCAGCAGCAGCCCGAGUACGCACGCUCGCCAGACUUGGAGGAGUUCGGCGGCAGCGCGAAGGCGGCUCGGAUGCUCAGUGAGGAGUUCGGCGGCAACCAGAAGGCGAUGCGCAUGCUCAGCGGCAGCACCACGGGCACCACGGUCAGUACAGCCGAUAGCCUGCUAGCUGGCUCAGCACGAUCGACAACGUCGUCUAACACGUCGUACGGUUCCGCCGGUCCUCGUGCGGGCCUUCACCAGAAACUGUCCACGCUCGAGGAGGACGACGAGCUGAGCCGGUACAGGACCCCACAAUCGCUCGUUGCGCCUCACAUGUCCGCGGGCCCGUCAAAUUCGCUUCAGCCGCUCCCCCACGCCCCGACGGACCUCGUGCUCGUUAUCUCCGUCCCCGGGCCAUAUUCAACGCCGAGCACGGCGGCGCUAAAGAUCCGCGUCAUCAAGACCUCCCUCGACUUCAUACUCGCGUCCCUGAGCCCCAAGGACAGGCUCUCGCUCGUGACGUUCGAGGUUGGCGUCGGCGGGCGCGUGCGCCGCACACCGUUCCUCAACAUUGGCAAGCCACAGAGCCGGCAGCGUCUCCAGCGCUUCAUGGAGGACAUCGGCCGCAGGGAUGAGUUCGACGACGAGUUCCUCGUCCGCGGCUCGCAAGAAGAGAAGACGGACGUCGUCACGGCUGUCAACAACGGUCUCGACAUCGUACUCCAACGCAAGUCGCGCAACCCGGUUACGGGUUUCGUGCUCGUCUCGGACUCGUCGGAGACCACUCGGCGAGCGCAAAUGGACCUCGUCCUCGCCCGCGCGGAGGCUGCCAACGUGCCAAUCCACUCGUUCGGCUACGGGCGCUCCCACGAUCCAGCCUCGCUCUGGCUGAUCUCGAACCACACGAGCGGGACGUACACGUUCGUGAAGGACUGGUACGAUCUCCGGGACUGCCUCGCAGGCUGCAUUGGCGGGAUGAUGUCGAUCGGGCUCAUGAGCAUGAAGCUCCACCUGAAAAUCGUCGACGGAAACCGGUUCCGGAUCCGCAAGAUCUCGGGUGGCCCGCUCGCCAUCCUCUCCUCGGACGGGCGCGACGUGGAUGUCGAGGUCGGCGAGCUGCGCUACGGUGAGCGCAAGGAGAUGCUCGUCGAGCUCGAGCUCGACAACUCGGACGUUGCCGCGCUCAGCCCGCUCGCGACGUCGCCGAUGGGCAACGGGCAUGCGCCACGGGCGAUGAACGCGACCGACGUCUUCAACCAGCGCAUGGGCCUCGACGCGCUCUCGAUCGGGGACCUGCCUGACCUCGCAGAUGGCAUGAUGGACCGGAUGAUCGACGAAGUCCCAGUGUUCGAGGUCGACGGCGCGUUCUUCGACCCCAACGCUGCCAAGCACGUCUCCCGCCUCGCUCACCCCGUCCUGCUCACCGUCACGCUCCUCCCCAACACCGGUUCACGCCCACGCACGCCGGCGCCGAACGGCUCGGACCCGGUCAUUGUGCGCCGGCGGAUGGAGCUCCUCGCGUCGGACAUGAUCACUCGCAUGCUCGUACUCGUGUCCCGGCGGAACAUCCCACAGGCGCAGAAACUCAUGGCCGAGACCCGUCGGAUCCUCCACACGGUGCUCCAGAACAUGACGCAGAGCCUGCCGCCGCCGACGCGCGACGGGCAGAUGGGCUCGGGGCGGAACCGGAAGGAGGUGCUCACGCUCAGCACGGUGCGCGCACUCCAGAGCAUCAUGCAGGACAUGCAGAUCCUCGCCGAGGCGCUCGACGAACAGGCCGAGACUUCGCUCUCGACCAGCGCAACUUUGGGGCGCAGCAGGUCUGCCAAAGUGCUCCGCGAUCAAAAGAGCUGGAGCGGGCGGAGCGCGAUUGAGCGGCUGUUCUGGACGAUCGACAGCUCGAUCGAGCUCGUCUCGCGAAGUACGGACUGGGUCGCGCGCGACUGA